GAGCAACACAGUGUCACCAAAAUACCUACCGGCUUGAAUCUUCAAGAAGCAAUCAUAGAUAUAUGAUCAUUUUUUAACUACUCAUUGAACCAUAAAAAUGUAAUUGUGUACAGGAAUAUAAUUUUAAAGAUUUAGGUGGAAAAAAAAUCCAGAAAAUGAAAGUGGAUCCCGAAUUGAUGUUUGAAUGUUUAAUUUAUUUGAACGCUUUCUACUAUCCAGUGUUCGCCUCUCCUGAAUUUAUCAUGGUCAUAGCAAAAUACCAAAGUAUACGAGAAACUCCUAACAUUGAACAGGACGGAGCUGUCUGUUUUGCCCGAUUAAUCGCUGAAAUAUUAAAGAUAUUGGUCUUUUAUAGGUGGAAAGAGAAAAGACGAAAAAUUGUUACUACAUUCGCUCUGCUAAUGACCAUGGUGUCCCUUGCAACAGUGAUUUACACGUUUGGUUAUCAAGAUCCGAUAUUAAAACUGGAAAAAGUCUUAUGCUCAAUUACCGUUAUGCUCACAACCACCGAAAUUGUUUUUGGAAUAUUAUUUUUCUUUCCUUGUUUCAAGAAAGUUGAUUAUUAUUAAGAAUAAAUGAAAUUGGAUUCAAACCA